UCUUCAGUGUUUGUGGUGAGCAGUUCGUGGAGCUGACACAGAAGUCGCGCGCAAUAUACACCGCGGUAGCCGGAGAGCUCUUGUUCAAAUCAAUUAAUUGGUGGGUGAAUUGUGUGGAGUGUGUGGUAAAUCAAUUUGCCGUCUAGAGUGUUGGUUUUUGGGUUGUGGUGACACCCAUUUCGGAGUACCUGGUGUGCCUUGGCCGCUGAAAUUCACGUGUAAAUAGGAAAAGUGAAAGACAUCAACAGGUGCGCUUCGUGAAUUUAGGUGUGAGGAAAAUAUAUUUUUCAAAAAAGAAUCCAGAGAGUGAAGAAAUUGCAGGAUUUUUUUUUUUUUUUUCAAAAAUACAAACGUCUUUGGAUAUCGUGCGCAUUUUUUCUCUCAUUGCUACAGAAAACUAUUUUGAGAUCACAUUUUUCCUCGUAAGUUUCUUUUAAAUGCUCUCCAUGUGUGUGCGUUCGCGUUGUCGAGUGAAUGGAUUUUUUUUUGAAUAAGAAUUGGGCGUUUAUAUAGUUUCGACAUCUCGCGUACGCAUUAGAAUAUAAACAAAAAUUAACAUUGGCAUGGAAAUUGAACUUCUUUGCGCAAUGCUCACAUAAAAUUAUGCGAAGCCUCACAGCUUGUGAAAAAAAGUCGCCCAGUCUUUUUUUCACCUAAAAGUUAUAAACGAAGAAAAGAUAAAUAUAUUUCUCAAUGCGGCGAAUUCUCUGAUCCCACCCAGUUUUUUGAGGCAUCUGCAAGAAUAAUUGAAGAAUGAAUAGUAAAUAAGAAUGGCACAUUUGAAUAAUUCAAUAAACUCCGUGAAGAGUAUGAGAGUUCAAUUGUAUUUGCAGAUCUUUUGCAUAUAUACAACACUUACAUUUAUUUUUUAGCCGUUGACACAGUUUCUUUCGCAUUCAAAUUAACCAAUCUCGGGGUCGGUCACAGAAGUUCAACGAAGAAGAUUUAUAUUGCUUAUGGUUGCAAAAUGCUAUGUGAAAGAGGCAUUCCUCCCUUGUCUUAACCCAUCUACGUCUAUUUUUGCAUAACUUAUGUUUAAUAAAUUUUUAUAUAAAUUAUUUUUAAAUAAAAUUUUUGUAUUUGAAAAACCAGGAAAAAGUUGUUAAUUUUUCAAGUAUUUGUCAAACAAAUUUUCUUUUGGGUUAUUUUAAGAAUCACUGAUUUAAAAAAAAACAGUUUUCUAGGUAAUUCUAGGUAUAUAACCUAGAUUGAUAAAAUUGUAGUAUUGCUUAGAUGAGAAACUUUCUAACGGUAGCUUGUUAAAACUUUCUAGAUCUCCAACAAGCUGAGAUGUAAGCACUGGCAGUUUUACCUUAAAAGCCUUUAAGAAUUGUUUCGAACUAGAACUAGUCAAACUAGAAAGCUUUUAACGUAUAAGUCGGAAGAUCUGACAAAGUAUUACAAUUCUUUGAUGAAUAAGAUACUAAAAGCAUUUUAAGUCCGAUAAAUCUAGCUAGAUUUAUCGAACUAGACUUAAUAUAGACUUCAUCGGACGCUAUGUUUAUAGCUAUAGCUUUAUUAUAAAGAAAAAAAUAAGAAAAUUUGUUGCACCCUGUAUCCCCGCCACAGUUCAUUUUUGAAUUUCUGAGGGUUCCAGCUGGGAAUUGGAACAUCUCUCGCGCUCUUCCCUGACGACCGUCGACCAGAUAGGCAGCAAAAUGGGUUGUGGAGUAUUUAAUUUUUGUAUUAUAUAAUUUUCAAGUGAAUUUUGUAAUUAUCUCUCAUUUUGCUCCUAUAUUGUACAUAUGUAAGUAAUUUCAAUGGAUUUUCUUUAUUUUCCCACGCGGGAUCACCAUUUCGGGUGAUCUGGCGCCCAAUUUUUAUAUUUUUCUAUUAUAAACCGCGUGGAAAUCAUUGUAAUAUUUUUCUUUGAAUUUUAUAAAUAAAUUGUAAAUAGAGCGAAAAUCCCAAUUUUUCUUAUUUUUCAUCAUUUUCUCGAUUUUCCACUAUUAUGGGAUUUUUAAACGUAACAAAUUGUAAGACCUUAAACGUAGGAAAAAUUAAACCAAGAACCGUUAAAACCUUUUCAGUCUGUUGAAUCUUUGAAUGGAUUUUCUUUAGUCUGGAAAAAUUUUCUUUCAUAACGGUUUAAAAUUCUAGUUUUUAAGACUUCUUCAACCCUUAUGCAAUAAGUAUUUGUAACAUUGAUUAAUUCUUCAUUACCUGUGCGUAAAAAUGGGUUAAUUGAUAAGAAAAAGUAAGAAAGCUAUGCCAAUGUGAAUGACAAGCCCACAAAAACAGGCAAAAAAUAAAGAAAAAAAACUUCAUAGUAUAAAUUUAAUUCACAAAAUUAUGUAUUGAUAAAAAUUCCCACGUUGGACCUCAUUGCUGGACGACAUGUGGCAAAAAAAGGAGUCUGACUCUUUUUAUCGCAUCUUUCACUUUCUACUCUUUGCGCUUUUUGUGCGUUAAUUUCUUUCCACGCAUUUUUAUAAAUAUAACAUUAUAAAUUUAUUGGGUUUAGCACUCUCCAAAAAUAUCCACGCACUAUUUGUGAACUAUAUAGGAUUUUUUGUGUGCUAACUUAGACAUUCUAGGGGCAAUGCGGUAUAGAAAUAGGCAUGGCCCACAAGAGAUCGACACACGACGAGGGAGACGCGCGUCGAAAGGAAAAUUUUGAAAUGUUGCCAAAAUAAAUUUUCAUGUUAUUAUUUUAUUAUUUCUCCUGUUUGAUUUUCUUAGGCGUGAUGUCUGUUUCUGCUAUAUGAGAAAAAAGUAUAUUUUACUUUUACAACUUAUACAAAAAUUGAUAGUCACCCUAAAUAAUUUUCACACACGGAAGAAAAGAUCAAGGGCUGAUUGAAUGUUUUGUGCAUGGUGAAGACAUGAAGAUAAACUCAUCAACCUUCAUGUUGGUUCCUUAUGAUUGAUCAUUCAGAAUUUUUGGGCUUAUACAUAAUACAGACUCGGAUACAAUGUUGAUUUACAUAAGAAGAAAAAAUGCUGAAACGGCAUUCUCAUUAGGCUACUGAUGGUUAUUUAAAGUAAAUGGGUUAUCUUAGAGGCAAUUUUUAGCGCAAUUGAAAUGAUUUUUUUUGAAGUGUUGUAUUUUGACAUUAUUUAAAAUUCUUUACAAUUUUAGUACCUGAUGAAGGGGCUAUUUAAACGAUAAAAUAUUUACUAUUUCUUGUAAAUCUAUUUUGGAAAAUUAUUAAAUCUACACUCUAAAGAAAAAUUUAGCACAAAUUAGCAAUGACACAUCAGGCUCUUAUGGUAUUAAGAAUUUAAAGGAGUUCAUUCAUCGAUAUAUAAGAAAGAUUCUCAUUUGAAGAAAUAAUCGGAACACGAGUUAUCUUGAAGAGAAUAUAAAAGGAACAAGAAAUCGCCAAGGAAACAUUCCUAAAAUUAAAAAUUUUUAAAAGAAAUUUAAGGUCUGAUAUUAAUUUUUUUCAUUUUUCAUUUCUUGUCUUUUCUUAUAAUUUGUCAGUUAUAAGAUUUUUGGUAUUCCGGGAAAAAUCUUAAAAGAUUUUUACAUUUUAUUUGGUUCUUGAAUCGUGUGUUUAAAGGAAAAUUACUUCCCCAGGGCUCUUUAAAGUUUUUUCUGAUCCUUUUCUGGAGCAACAUAUUCUGUCAAAAUCUUACAACAACUUUUAAGUUCUUAUCAAAAAAUAAAUAAAAGAUUUUUAUCAGAAUUAAUCCCGAAAUUUAGUUACAAAUUCUCAUAAAUUAUGUCCUGUGUGUAUUUUACCAGUUCAAUUACCCCACCGUGUGGGCCUUGAAAUUGCUUUCGUCAAGAACAAAUAUUAAUCUACUGAUAUUCGAUAUUAUAGGGAAGAAGAAGAUGAAAAAAAAAUCUCAAUUCUAUAUUUAUUCCAUUGAGUCAUUCAGGCAGCACCCGCAAUUCUUCUUCCAACCAAAGAAAAAAAAUCCAUUGUCGCUGUAUGGCAAAAGAAAAGUGAAAAUAAUGGAAAUAGGACGUAUCGUUGUAUGUUUUAUUGGUUGACGGCAUAUUCAGUUCGUUGGCUGUUGCUGCUACAUCUCCACAAGAGAGACGAUUGAUUUUUCUUCUUAACUGCUGGGAACUUGAAAGGACGCCUUCAAAUUCAAGAUGGUGGUCAAAACGGCUGAUUCGACAGAGAAGAAGCCACGCAUCAAUAAAAAUUUAAUAUCACUGAAAUGUGUUCUCUUUAUAUUCUUUGGCGGCCUUGGCUGCAUAUAUCCCUUCUUGCCACUUCACAUGGUCGCCACGGGGUUGAAUUAUGAAGAAUCAAGGAUAGUUUCAAUAGUUGCGCCCCUUGUAUCCCUCCUGGGUCCACUGGUGGCGGGAAUCCUUGCAGAUCGAAUGGCUGGUGGGAAGAAUUCAGGCUCUGGCCGAUAUUUACGCGUCAUGAUAGCUCUGGCGAUGAUCUUUGCUGCCAUUUUCUACGCAAUCCUCCUAGCUGUGCCACCGUGUCAACGAUGGGAGGCUCGACGGCCACUUGUUAGCUUUGCCUGUGACUCCAAGGGGGCGGAAAUCUUCCAGGAGCGCUGUAGCGAAGAACGAUCCUGCUACCAUUGGGAUGAAGCUAAAGUUGGUUCACUCAUUCUCACAAAUUGCUCGUACACAUGCCAAAAACCCAGCCAAUUUGAGAAGCUCUACAACCCAUGGACACAUGGAGCACCACAGGCUCUAACUGAGAGCCUCUCCUCCGAAGCAGACUACGAUAACUACGACGACGGAGCUAACUACGAAGGAACCCUAGCUGAGAGACUUCGACGGAAUGUUCACGUUGAGCAGGUAUUUGUAGAACCACCGCAUCUGUGCCUGGGAAAGACACCCGAAGGAGAAAUUACGGAUACAACCAUCUGUCAUGUCUACACUGAAGACACCAAGUCAAUAAGUAUCCAGACAACCCUGCAUAGUGCAACAAAUAAGGAAAAUGAGACGCACAGUGCUGAAUGGUGUCGAUACCCAUUGGAUGGUUUCAGUUGUCACAUCCCACCGGCUCAGGCUACCUACAUGAAGCUCUAUAAGAAUACAACUAAAUGCAAGCCAAUGGUUGAGUGUGAAGUUCACGAUCCCUACGAUAAUCCAGGAAGCGUCCUAGCUGAGAGUCAGUGCAUCAAGGUAAUUGGCAAUCCGUCAGAAACCUUCUGGAUGUACCUAAUAAUUCGCAGUGUAGCAGAUAUCUUCCCCACGGCUGCAAUAGCCCUCCUAAAUGCAGCCAUUGUCAUUGCAACGAGGGAAACUUCAUCAGGUCGUGGAGACUUUGGUCGUCAAAUGGCAUGGGGUUCACUGGGAUGGGCAAUCUUUGCUCCAAUUAUGGGAGCUAUUGGGCAUCCAGCUGAUAUUCCAAUCUACUUCAUCCCCUUCAUUGUAUUUGUUUCCCUCAUGGUUCUUGCGGCUCUUGUAAUCCUCCUUGCCACCGCUAUGCCACUUAGUCCACCCGAAUGGUGGUGGCACACCAAGAGUGGCAUGCUGGCAAUUCCAAUGUCAGCAAUACGGAAGUAUGCCCCGGAAACGGGGGCGCUACUCUUUGUUACCAUAGUUUUGGGAAUUUUCUGGAGUGCAAUUGAUUCGUACCAAGCGUGGCACAUUAUUGAGCUUGCCGGAGAAGGGAUAACUGGAUCAGAUCUACUUGUAGGACUAACCUUAACUGUUGGAGCUCUCCCGGCUAUUCCGGUACUGUGGAAUGCUGAGAAAAUCGUUGAUUUCUGUGGCCAUUCAAAUAUCCUCAUUGGAGCCUUUAGUGUCUACAUUCUCCGCUACACUGGACUAGCUAUUCUCGAUGAACCAUGGUGGACACUUCUCAUGGAAGCCAUGGAACCGGUAACACUUGGACUUUCAUGGGCAACCAUUGUUAUGUACAUGCGACACCUGAUGCCACGACGUUUAACUGCAACAGCCCAAGCUCUACCCGUGAUAGCUUACUUCUGCUUGGGUAAGAGUUUCGGUGCCCUUUUGGGUCUAGUCAAGUCCGGCAAUACGCUGGCAUCGCUGCAAUGCGUCUACCGCGGUAUGGCCAUUGCUGCAGCCAUCAUUGCCGUAGUCUACUUCUGCCUCUAUCACUGCCUCCUGGCACCCAGAUGUGCCGCCAAAACUCAGCCCCCGCCCGACACCACCGUUCAAUCAGGUGCCAACGGAGCUGGGAAUACGUCUCCAAACACCAAUGGCAGUUACACGCCACUCCGCGUGUACCAUCAAGGACGCGGUAGGAAAGGACAUUUCCGCUACUGAACAUCCUACACACUGCCUGCACUGUCUCUCUCUCCCAUGCAGUUCUUUAAGAAACUUCUGGAAAUGCAUCCGCAAGCACAAUAUUUAUAUUUUUUUAUGUUUAGUAUUUAUUACUCAACGCCGUGUCAUAAAUGAUAAUUUGAGAGACAAAAAUAAAAUAUUAAUUAAAGGUUGAUUUUGUUAAAGAAUUUCUUCUAAUUUUUUUAUUUAACAGUUUUGUAAGAUUUUGUUAGUAUUCUGUGAAAAAGUUUAAAGAAUUUGACAGGUUAAAUAUUAAGGAAAAAUGUAAAAUAAUUGAAAAGAAGAAAAUUUCAAACAAUAAUUUUAAAAAUUUCUCAAAAAGAUAAAUAUAAAACUAAGAAAUAAUGAAUAAAAUAAAAGAAUUUUAAUUAAAAUUUGUUAUUAAAAGAAGAUUUUAAAAUGUUUGAAAGAAAAUUUUAAAAACAAACUAUCGGGCUAUGGGGGAAAUUCAUAAAACAUUUUUAAUUUUCCUUUUAGGAAAAAACUUAAGAUAUUUUUUGAUAUUUCCUCAAGCGAAACUUAAGUUUUCUUAAGUCAGGCUGAAUUAGGCUAAGUACAUCUUUUUCACUAAUUUAUAAGAAUUUAGCCUGAUUCAGCCUGACUUAAAAAAUUUUUAUGUUUUGCUUAAGAAAAAUUGAAGAAAUCUUAAGUUUUUAUUAAGAAUUCUUAUCAAAACUUUAGACGUUUUUAAAAGAAAACUUAAGGAAUAUUAAAAAAAAAAAAAAAGAAACUUAAGAAAUAUUAAGAAAACUCAAGCCUUUCUUCAAAAAUCUUAAGUCUAAAAAAAGAACAAAACAAACUGUCAAAAUCUUUUUAAAAAAAAUCAAGUUUGAAGGAAAGAUUUUUAACAAAAUCAACCUCUUAACCUCACAUAUUUGCCUUUCAUGUAGCCGAGUAUCUGCAUCCUCCUACGCAUUUUUGCAAAGAAACAAUUUUUUAUAAGAUGUAUAGAAGAAGUAAAAAGAAACACAACGUUCUCUAUAUUUUUAAGUGUUUAUUUUAAAUUCAUAUUUUUAAGAUAAUAUGAACAUAAUACAUAGCUUUUGUUUUGCAAAAUGAAAACUUGUCUCAAGUUUCAAUUUAUUUAUGUGCUCUAUCGUACUAAAAUUACAUUAGUUUUUUUUUAAUUAUACAUUAUUACGAUCUUAUUUUUUUUAUCCAUCAAAGUGUAAAUGUUUUUCUUUUGUUUUCUUAAAAGAAAAUAAUUAAAUCUUUUAAAAAAAGCCUUAUUGAAUAAAAAAAAAUUGUAAAGACCUAUCUCUGUAUAGAAUAACCGAAAAAGAAAAAUCAAAAGAAGAAAAUAUAUAUUUAUGGCAAAAAAAAACUAUUUUUCUAAAAAAAAAAGAAAUGUUAUCUAAAGAAAAUUUGCAGAAACUUAUUUAUUUCUUUCCGAUCGAUGUAAUUAAUAUAAAAAAUAUAAACAAAAUAAAGAUCUUAUAAA